AUGACCAGGCUUCGAGGAUGGCUGCCUCGUUAUUUCGAUAUCGGCGUCAACUUCAGUGAUGCCAUGUUUUCUGGUAUCUAUCACGGACGCCAGCACCACCCGCUGGACCUCGACCAGGUGAUUGCCCGUGCUAAAGCCGUGGGUGUCGAUAAGAUGUUGAUCACUGCUCUGCUGAUAGCGGAGUCCAAGAGCCAUCUUGACCUAUGUCGUGACCAUCCCGGGUUUUACCAGACGGCAGGUGUCCACCCCUGUCAAGUUUCCCUGGAGUUUUAUGUCGCCAAACCCAAAGACGAGAUUGUUGAAGGGGAACCUCAUUAUACUGAAACUCUCAGAGACGACGUCGAUGAACGACUCGAAGACCUCAAACAAACGAUUGUCGCUGGUCAUGCUCAGGGGUUUAUUAAAGCUUUCGGCGAAGUGGGGCUUGAUUACGACAGAUUCUUCUUUUCACUGAAACGACAACAACUCACCAUGUUCACUAAGCAGCUCGAAAUGUUGCGUACCAUCAAGCACUUGGAACUCCCGCUUUUCUUGCAUAUGCGGGCUGCCUGUGACGAUUUUAUUGCUUGUCUCAAGCCGUUCAUUGCUGACGGUACGGUAAAGCUGGGGGUGAUUCAUUCGUUCACUGGUACCGAAGAAGAGUUAGACAAAUUGAAGGCAUUGGAGAUCUUCCACUUUAGUGUUAAUGGAUGCUCAUUGCGCUACCCUGAAAAUGUCGAGGUGGCGGCCAAAAUUCCCAUGGAUAAACUUAUGAUCGAGACUGAUGCCCCAUGGUGUGAAGUUCGUCGCACUCACGCUUCGUACAAGUAUAUCACCCCGUACCCUAACGUGUUCUAUCCUGAUCUUGUCACUGAUUACCCCAUUAAGUCUUCCAAGUUCAAGUUUGACGCCAAUUUACCAUUCACUUCCAUCAAGAAGGAAAACUGGACUAAGCACCACGAUGAAGUCAACAAGCAAAUCUCUCAGCUCGAAUUGGACGCUGCUGCUCAUCGUGUGGUGGGCGAUCUUGCUCCUCCCAUGAUCAAGCUGAGAAACGAACCCGCUGGCAUUGUGAUGGUGGCAGAGAUCAUGUGUGGGAUCUACGGACUCAAAUCUGAGGAAGACAUCGAAAAAUUCCUCGACACCGUUUACCGCAACUCCUGUGAGGUGUUUAAAGUUUAG